AUGUCAACUUAGUAUAGAGUUCCUUCUAAUGACAAUUACAUUCAUGAUUUAGAAAAUAUCUCUUAAAGGUAUAAUUAAAACAUAAUGAAAGAGAGCGUCAUGGAUUAUUUAAUUAGCCACCACCUUUAUUAUUGGGGGAUUAAUAUAACGAUGCUUUGAAAAGUAUUCAAUAUUUUCUAAUUAUGAAGGCUAAGGUAAAGAGAAAGGAAUUCUAAUUAAUAAAAAACUCUAAAAAAAACAUGAACCUGCUUUGUUUUCAGAACCUGGCUAUACAACAUUAAAUGACCCAUAUAAAGAUUCAUUUAAAGCUAAAUAAAUUUAUGAUAAAGAGAAAGAAUUGGCUAUUAAAAAUCCAAACAGUUUCAAACCGAAUGACCACUAAAAAUCUGUGUAUAUAAUUUAACUUAUUCAGUAAACAUUCUGAAUUUGAACAUAUGAAGGAAUAUAAUGAUAAAAUCUAUAAAACUCGAAAUUCAGCUGGAAAUGUUAUUACUUAAGCUAGAAAUUUUUUGACUAACCCUGCAAAAAAAGGAUUAGGCAGAACUACAAUAAAUAAUUUAUUUAGUUAGAUAGAAUACAUUCCUGAUCCUUAUGAUAGAUAAGAAGAAAUGGAUAGAUAAGAGAGAAUAUAACACAAAAGCAAAUAAUUACCUGGAACAACAAGAUUUAUCACUACUAGCCAUGGAAAUAGACCCUUUACUUCAGAAGGUAUCUUAUUAGAUGGAGCAGGAUAUACAAUAUGUACUAAAAUAAUAACCCUUUAGAAAAAAAACCACCUCUUUAUAAAGGAAAUCCAUUUAGACCAUCAAACUAAAAUAAAAAAGGAUUUUAAGGAACUUUUGAAGUACUUCAAUAUAUGGAAGAAGGAGGCCCGGAUAUAAAAACAAAACAAAAUACCUUCGAAAAAUUGAGUGCUACCUAAACAUUUGAAAAACCAUGGAGACCUAAUUCUAAUGGAACAUUUGCUAGACCUUGUCCGAGUGUUUCAUAAUAAAUAAGGAAUAGAAGUGCUGGAUCGAAUUAAAGAGUAUGA